AUGGCCCACAUGAUGCUGCUGGUCUUGGCGUUGGCGCUAUUGAGCUGCGCCGAGUCACAAGUCAGUUAUAACUAUCCGCAACCGCAAAUACCAUUCCACCUGACUCCACGGACUCCAGCUGUGGGCCAGUCGGCGACCAAGUUCGUAGUGCAAACACUUGGACAACAUGGACGCACCUAUGAGCUGCAAGCGCAUAGGGCGCCAGCGGUCUAUGUGGCACAUGAAACGUUCGCGCCCAACAAGUACUAUCAAGCACAGCAACCAGCUGCCAGCUACUACAGACAGCCGCAGGCCUUGACAAUUACCACAGCUCAGGUGCAGCCAGUGGUCACUUAUGGUGCACCACAGCAGCAACCGAAGCUGGACAACAAUCCACUGCCCUAUGCUGUUAUCACACUGCCUAAUGGCCAGCGUCAGCUGGAUGGUGGUCAUGGCUCUGGGCCAGUCCCAAGGGCGGCCGGAGAGCCAACGGUAGCACCACGCAUUGGCGACUAUAACGCUCAGUCGCAGAGCGCCAUGUUGGACAACUACGACUACAAGCAGUCGGUGCCAGGUGAUUCGCGCGGCUAUCGGCGCAUCGUGAGCAACUGUCAGCCAAACGGCCAAUGCCAACAGCUGCAGCUGAAUCCCGGCCAGAUCGAUGCCAAUCAUUUCGAGGUCCUAAAUUCGGCUCGUGCAAAAACGCUGCCGGCAAAAAGCGAAGACCGCAAGGAAAUCUACGUGACGCCGGGCGCCGAGAUAAAUGCCGAGGGUCAGCUGCGACCGCGUGACAGACGCCUCAAUCUACAUAUACAAGAGCAGCUGGCCAGGUAUCCCUAUAAUUAA